CUCCAACUUUUAAGGACUGUGUCUUCGCCGUGCCUCUGCAGGACAGGCUCGGACAGGGGUUUCACUGUAUGAAAACUGAAAUGCCAGUGUGCAAGGAACACUCGUAGCCAUCUACAGGAUAAUGCACAUAAGUAAAACACUGGAUUGAAUAGUACUUACUACGGAAUUUUGACUUCAUAAAAACUUUCAGAUGGGACCGGUUGUUUUUCAGUAAUCAAUACAGAUGAUCUGUGGAUAAAAAGAAAGAAAGAAAAAAAAACGCUGGUUAUCAUGGAUCACUUACUGUCUUACCUCCCACGUGUUUUAUGUUUUGGCCAUUCUUGCGUUUUAUGGAUUUCUUUAUUUCAACUUUGCACAUCGCUGGCGCGGUUAGCUCCAGAGUGUUACCCAGGUGGAUAUCAAGUCCUACAGAAUCCUUACCGCAGCAUUGAUUUUGAUUCAGUUGAUCUUCAACACACAGCGAUCCAGGACUUGAUCUGCGAUCACUCACUGUCAUCUGGAUGGUACCGGUUCAUGAUCAAUAACAAACCAGCAGAGAUGCCAACUGAAUGCAUAGAAAUGAACAAGUGCGGAACCCAAGCUCCUGUGUGGCUUUCUUUGAAAGAGGCCUCCCUGCCUCGCCUUGGGGACGUGAAGCAGCUGUCAGCCUGCGCCACAUGGCAGUUCUUCCUGGGAAGCACCAAAGACUGCUGUUUGUUUAGAAUUCCAGUCUCUGUAAGAAACUGUGGAGAGUUCUUUGUUUAUUUUUUACAACCAACUCAGGGAUGCAUGGGCUACUGUGCAGAAGCUGUUACAGAGGUUAAACCUAAAAUCUGCCCUCCAGGAGAAGUUGAAGUUAAUGGUAUUUGCCAAGCAAGACCUUUGGCAAUAUCUUCAAAGCCAGUCAUUACCCCAGAGCUGAUUGGCAACAGCGUCCAUCUGAAAUGUACCUACACCAGCAUGUCUUCCAAUCCAGCCUUGGGCUAUGUGGUGGUUUGGUUACGGCACUGGCCUCGGAAUGCGAAGAAGGAGAUAAGAAGAGACACGACCCUGCAGACUGUCUCCUCUGUGGAGAUGGAUGGAGUUCAUUUUAAGCUGGGGGAUACGGUUUCCUGUAGCGUCUUCACCUUUUUAAGGAACUCAGCAGAUACGCAGUCUUUACCUAGAGACAGUGAUGUUUUUUUUGCUGGGAUUAAGUUUGUUCCAGAGUUUUUCCAGAUUGCAGAGGACAGUAAGGACCACUCACUGACAAUUCACAGCACUGUCCCCAUUCCUUGUAAGGACAGCGAACAGAAGCAGAACUGCAAAAUAACUCUGCAACUUAGUACUGAUGACUCCGACAGUAUAAGCCUGGAAGCUCCAAACAUAGCUCUCUCAGCAUGUCAGGUGGACCUGGAGCAGACACCGUGUACAGGGGACAUCUGUGCGAGUGCCUCCCUGUUCCUGAUGGCUGUGACAGACUUCACCCGCGAUGGAAACCGUGCUAGUCACAUCAGGGUGGAGCCAGCAAAAGACAGUCCUCUUCUCUGGAAGGGUUACGUGCCAAGCCCAGUGAAAGUGAUGGUUCAGGACAUUCCAGCUGGAAGUUGCUACUCAUUUACAGAUCCCCAUAUAAUUACAUUUGAUGGCAGGCGUUUUGAUAAUUACAAGACAGGAACGUUUGUGCUGUUCAGGAGCCUGGCCCGUGAGUUUGAGGUGCAGGCACGCCAGUGGGACUGUGGGAGUCGCCACUAUGCUGUGUCUUGCAACUGCGGAGUGGUGGUCAGGGAAGGCAAUGACAUCAUUGCUUUUGAUAUGUGCAACGGCCAACUGCAAGAAACCAGGCCACACUUGUCAGUGAAAAGCAUUGGACCAGCAUCAGAUCAAAUCAAGAUCCAGGAGGCGCACCAAGGGAAGAAGGUCACUAUUGUAUUCACCUCUGGUGCCUUUGUCCGGGCAGAUGUGAGCGAUUGGGGAAUGAGCUUGUCUGUGAGAGCACCAAGCGUUGAUUUUAACAGCACAAGAGGCCUGUGUGGUACCUUUGACAGAAAUAGUCAGAAUGACUUUCACAGCACUGAUGGCAGCAUAUUAACACGCUCACAUAGAAAUAAUGACCCUGAAGAUUUCAUAGAGGAGUGGAGGAUACCACCUGGGGAGAGUUUAUUUGACAUUACUCCACUAGUCACAGAAGGAGAGAAGAAGAAACAUUACUGCAGGUGCCAGAAGGAGUACACCAUGUCUCUCCACUCAGUAAACAGAAUGGGGGGGUUAUUUGACCACUCACCUUUAUCUUACUGCUUCUCAAACGACAAUGUGGAUUACACCUCAGUCAUCCCAUUCAUUGACGUUACCACUGAAUAUAUCAAUACUCUUAUAAUCGAGACUGACAUUCAGAAACGUGAGGCAGUACAGACGCUAGGAAGCCUCCCCAAGGUCAUCAGAAAACGGGACAAUGUGGUGCCAUCCCGACAGCAACAAGCCUUAGGAUUUCCUUCAGAGGAUCCGCAUAUUCAAGAGCCAUUAGAAAGAGAUUAUGAUCAAACAGGAACAAUUAAUAAUAAAACUGGGCCGGACAUUAAUUUAAGUAGAAGAAGAAGACAAGGUUAUUAUGAAUACCUGCCAAUCUUCACAUUCCAGAGUUUGAGUCAGACUGAUCUGGAGAGCUUUACGUAUUUCUUUCCGGAGGAUCAUUUAUCUGGCAGCAGACCUGUAGUUCAACCAUCAUGGCCUACUCCAAGUGGCCUGACAUCAGCUAAAGCCUUGGAAAUAUGCCAGCAGGUCCUUGCCAACUCCACCAUUGGGGUUGUUUGCAAAGACCUGUUGGGAAGAAGACUGGAUGAAGCCAUUGACAUGUGCAUCUUAGACUUGCAGCUGAAGGAUGAUCUGGCAUGGGAGGAAGCAAUGGUACCGUUUCUUGAAAAUGAGUGUGAAAGAAGGGUUUUGGAAAACAGGACAAGGCAACCCUUGAUGUUAGGAGGAUCAACUGGAGCUUCAGAAGAGGUCAUCACUGCACUGAGGUGUCCUAAUUUCUGUAAUGGGAAUGGACUCUGUACUGAAUGGGGCUGCCAGUGCUUUCCUGGGCACAGUUUGCAUGACUGCAGUCUUUCCAGCAGUCAUCCCCCAGAACUAACAGACCUGGAGAACAGUGGUCUGUGUGAUAUACGAAUAUACGAGUGCAACAGUGUCCGUGUGUUUGGUCUUGGCUUCAUGGACUCUGGUGACCUGCACUGUCAGGUCACUAGAUUGAUGCAUGUCAAUGGUCACUGGACAUCGGGGGUCCAGGAGAUCACUAAGGCUACAUUCCUCAGUUCCAAGGCUGUGGACUGUGUACUUCCUCCUUUAAAUAACAUGGCCAGCGAGACGGUUGACUUCAUUGUCGAUGACAAGCCAUUUGGUCGAUGGGAAGUAAAAAUAACUAAUGAUGGCUCCCUGUACAGUGACUCCAAGGUGGUAACCUUAUAUGAUGGUGUGUGUCAGGUCUGUGACUCAUUGUUAACUGGACUUUGUACAUUAAAGGAAAAGACAUGUAAUAUAGAUGGACUGUGUUAUGGAGAAGGGGAUCUCAAUCCCACCAGCCCAUGUCUCCUGUGUAAACCUAGCAUUUCAAAGUUCACCUGGUCUGUAAAUGAAAACAAUCGGCCUCCUAUGUUCCAAGUGCCAGUUAAUAAACUGCAGACGUUUUCCGGUGAAAACUUUGUCUACCAGUUCACAGCCGUGGAUCCCGAGGGCUCUGCCAUGCUGUUCCUGCUAGAGUCAGGGCCUCAGGAUGCUUCUCUCUCCCCUGCAGGCCUCCUCAUCUGGAAAGUCCAUUCGGAAGAAACACAAAUCUUUGAAUUUACAGUGUCAGAUGAAUGCAAUGCACAAAGCAGAUACUCUGUAGAGGUUGCAGUGAAGCCAUGUGGUUGUUUGAAUGGUGGGACAUGUGUUACGAAUAUCAAUUUCCCCCCAGGAAGUGGUGAAUAUCUCUGCAUGUGUCCCCCAGGAUUCACAGGAGAUCUCUGCCAGGAAAAUAUUGAUGAGUGCAUAUCAAAUCCAUGUGGAGGAGGCACCUGUGUAGAUGGAGUCAGUAGUUAUUUGUGUGAAUGCCCAGCUGGUCUCAGAGGUAUAUCUUGUCAAGAAGAUGUAAAUGAAUGUGAGAAGAGCCCCUGUUACCCUGGAGCACCUUGUAUCAACAGUUUCGGAUCCUACAAAUGCGGACGCUGUCCUCAAGGCAUGGGGGGUGAUGGCAGGUCAUGUAAAAUUGAGAGCCUUGCUGACAUCACUGACACUGCAGUUACUAGCGCCCAGAGUGUACCAGAUGUGUUAUCCAGGAUGGAAAGCGUCAGGCUUCAGCCUCCAGAGAAAUCAAAAGAGGCUGAAGGGGGCCCAUUCGUAGUUAAUUCUCCAAGAACAGGCCUAUCCCCUACUGCACGUAGUACUACACAAUGUUCCAGCAGACCAUGUUAUCCAGGGGUUCAGUGUAUUGACCGGAGACCUCCGUACGUUGGCUAUGUUUGUGGCCGCUGCCCUGCAGGGUUCUUUGGGAAUGGACACAGUUGUACGAAGAUACCCAGAGCCGUUCCGCCUCAUCAUGUAUCAAGAAUGUCACAAGUCAAGAAUUCCAGAUCAAAUAAUGUGGACAUGAAAGUCUCUCAACAUUACUUACCUUUUCUACCUUCAAGCAAUGGAGAAGCUAGACUUUCAAGACCUUUAGUGAAGGUUAAUAACGUUACUACAAGACCUCUUCGCUUCAUUGACUUGGAAUCUAGAGGUGCAAAAGUAGAGACUAAAGUCCUUCAAAACCAAACCUCAGGUAUGAAGCAAGAUGAUGUGGAUAAUCAACAACAUCAGAGACAAAUCCCUGUGGUUCUGUACACUAAAUUACCCAAAGACCCCUCUCUCCAACAAAACUCCACAACUAGGAACGGUGAUGUAGUCAAUCCGCCUGAUCUUAGUAAGGAAACAGUCAAAAUUCUACAUGUUUCUACUCAGAGUGUCGCCAGUGUAACAACCAAGCCUUCUAAACACCAGAUACCUGCUCACAGUCCAGCUUCCAGAAGAACAAUACCACAAAGUUGGAGUACAAAUACUACUAUGGCACAGCCGCCUUCUAUUGGGAGAAAGGACAUAACUCUUGCUUCGACUAGACCCAAGCCAGUGCUGACUUCAAAAAUAGAACUUCCCCAAACAUCUUCCUUCACGGCAGCCCUAACACCUACCUCCUAUUCAGUGUCCGCUUUGUCAGAUACUGCUGCUUUUAGUAGGCCCGUAUCCAGGACCUCUGUUUUACAUAGGUCCCAGGUUAGGACUACGACGGCUAGAAGACCUUAUACCUCUUCCUAUAAUGGGUUAACGUUAACAACUUGCGCUGACAUGCCUUGUUUCAGUGGAGUCCAGUGUGAACCCACACAGGAUGGAGAAUUCAAGUGUGGUAGAUGCCCCUUUGGAUACACAGGUGAUGGCAUACAAUGCAAAGCUAUUUGCAGGUAUCCUUGUGGCAAGAAUAUGGAAUGUGCUGCUCUGAACACAUGUCGCUGUAAACCAGGAUACACUGGUCAUAACUGCCAUGUUGCAAUCUGCAGGCCAGACUGUAAAAAUGGUGGAAAGUGUAUUGCUCCUGGUGUUUGUGACUGCAUGCAAGGAUAUCAUGGAGAGAUAUGUGAGGAUGCUUUGUGUGACCCAAUCUGUGAGCACGGAGGCACUUGCAUAGCCCGGAAUACCUGCUCUUGUUCGUAUGGUUUUGUUGGUCCAAGGUGUGAAACUAUGGUCUGUAAUAGACACUGUCACAAUGGAGGAGAGUGUGUGUCACCAGAUGAGUGCAGAUGCAAGGCAGGAUGGACUGGGCCCUCUUGUGAAACAGCUGUGUGUGUGCCCGUGUGUCUAAAUGGAGGGACCUGUCUGCGUCCAAAUACCUGCACCUGUCCCUAUGGCUUCUAUGGGUCACUAUGUCAAAAUGCUGUGUGCAGUCCACCAUGUAAAAAUGGCGGCCAUUGCAUGAGGAAUAAUGUCUGUUCCUGUCCUGAGGGUUAUACAGGAAAACGCUGUCAAAAAAGUGUUUGUGAACCAGUGUGUAUGAAUGGUGGGAAGUGUGUUGGCCCAGACAUUUGUGACUGUCCAUCUGGCUGGAAAGGCAAGCGAUGCAAUAAACCUGUGUGCUUACAGAAAUGUCUGAAUGAAGGCGAAUGUAUUGGUCCCAGUACCUGUCACUGUGUCUCAGGGUGGGAGGGGAUGCUAUGCCAGAUACCUAUCUGUGAGCAGAACUGUCUGUAUGGAAGCCGUUGCAUCAGGCCCAAUGUCUGUGCCUGCAGAAACGGGUAUGCCGGAGUAGCCUGUGGCAGAAAGCUACCGAUUAGACGAGGAUAAAACAACACUAUCCUACAGUCCUACAGCACUGUAGACUUACCAAGGAAGAAGGCGAUCAGAAGAAAAUAAUUAUUAUUAGCUUGUUCUUAUGGACUUUUUCUUUCACUCUAAUGUAAUUUUACAUAAAUUAUAUAUAAGGAUAGUAUCACUUUAAAAAAAAAAAUGUUAUACAGUGCCUUACACAAAUACACUGAAUAUAGAUUAGUAUAAAAUGAGCUUGGGCUGGUAAAUGAAGCAAGUAUGUUAGCAAGUAUAAAUCCUGAACUUGUGUUUUUUAUAGCCAUGUAUUAAUAUAGAACACUUCAUGUAAGCAGUUUUUAUCUGGAAAUUGGAAUUGCUUGUGAAUCAUAAAUCAAUUGUUUAACAUUAAUAGACAUGUUUGUGUAUGACUGAAAUAUAUGCAAAUCAAUGCUUUCAAACAAGGAAUGGAACCACCAUGAUCACAGUACUGCUAGGAUAAGAUGCUUGAGCUUGUUGCAAUCACUACUGCAUUGUUGGGAUCAGAAUUGCUUUUGCAUAAUAGUCACCAAUUACAUUGCUGGAGCUAUAAGAGCUACGUGAGAGCCUUGUUAUAAAAGUUGCUUUAUUUAUGAAAUUAAGUAAGUGCUGACGAAAAGCAGAAAAGCAAAUGCUGUUCUGGUGGAUGUUUACUGCAGUGUUUUACAGCUUUAAUAGUAGUUCUGCCAAUUCCCAGACAUCUGCUGCACUGCCCUUGAACAAUUGUUAAACCAUUUCCAACUGUAAGCUGUUCUUUUUAUUUGACAUUCAAAAACAAUCCACAGAGGUUUUAAUACCUACUAUUUUUGCUUUUUAGUGUAAACUAGCUUGAGAUAAAUUCAGAGUCAUGUCCCUGCUGCCACAGUUUCAGGUAUAUUCGUUCUUUUAAAGGCAUGUAAAACAGUGCACACAAACAGCAUUGACUUACAAUUAGCGCUGAGGAUACACCCCACCCUUCUUAUAAAAUUUCCAUAAAAAUUUUUACUAGUUUUUAUAUUGUGACAAACAUAUUUUUUUUCACAGUUUUUAUUGGAUUUAGAACUUGGACCGACCUUCUGAGAUUUAGAAUGUACAGCUAUGGCCAAAAGUUUAGCAUUACCCUGUAGAAUUAACUCAUUUUGCUUUAUAAAGUAAAAUGAAACCUGCUGAAUAAUGUUACGUUAACAUAUUCAAUUGCAUACCGUUUGUAGUUUUUCAUAAUAUACUUCGCGAAAAACUGAGACAAAAUUUUAAAUGUGACUUUUUAAAAUCUAACAUGAAAUACUGUACUGCGUUUUGUAGUUUAUUUGAUUAAAUUAUAUUAAAUAAAAUAUCUAAAUUAUGUUCAUAUAGUUUCUGUAUUUUAAAUUAUGUCCCAGUCCUAAAACUUUUGGCCAUAGCUGUAUUGUCCAGCCUAAAGCAGCAGGCUUAAUUAUGUUUUGCUAUGAUGUUUUAGUUCUAAAGUGACACUUGUGUAUCAUUAAGUUAUUGGUUGAAUGAAAAUAUUUUAUGAAUAGUGUUUGGUAUUGUAAAGUGUAAUUUUGUAUAUAAUAAGAAUCUUUAUAUGUAUCCUGAUUGUAUUUUUGAAAUAAAGAAUUCUUGUGUG